AGUAGACGACGUCAGAUCGUAGCUGAACAAAAAUACGUUACAAAACUGGACCACGCACUUAGAUUCCCGCGCCCGAGCAAAGCAGUGGUGACGUUCAUCAAAUUUUACGGACGCAAGAACACUGGACAGAACAACAUAUAUUUUUGACACGUCCUUCCUAGGUUAUCCCUGUCAUGCCCAGCACGCUCUACCCAACCAUGGACCAGUCGCAUAACGACGGAGUGGGCCUGGAAAAUCAAGAACAAACCCUUCAAUUGGCGCUGAAUUUGUCUAAUUUGAACAUACUGGGCCUGCCAAGUGUCCACAGCGAAGACGAAGGUUCUGCUUCGGCCAACGCGUACGACGAGAACGGUCGAAGGAGCAGCAAUAUGACGGAAUGUGUCCCAGUUCCGAGCUCGGAACAUGUCGCUGAAAUAGUAGGAAGACAAGGUUGCAAAAUCAAGGCAUUGAGAGCAAAGACAAACACCUACAUCAAGACGCCAGUCCGGGGAGAGGAACCAGUUUUUGUCGUCACUGGUAGGAAGGAAGAUGUUGCCGCUGCCAAGCGAGAGAUCCUAUCAGCCGCUGACCAUUUCAGCCAGAUCAGAGCACGGCGAAACAACCAAGUGCAUGGGUCUGUUGCAAAUGGCACAUCAGGGGGAGUGAAUGGAUCGCUCACCGUCCCCAAUCUCCCAGGACAAACCACCAUUCACGUCAAAGUGCCGUACCGUGUUGUGGGCCUUGUGGUGGGACCGAAGGGCUCCACUGUCAAGAGAAUUCAGCAGGCUACAAACACCUACAUCAUUACUCCGAGCCGUGACAAUCAGCCUGUCUUCGUUGUCACUGGGACGCCGGAGAACGUGGAGCGAGCCAGAGAAGAGAUAGAAGCCCACAUUGCUCUGCGCACUGGCGGCCUGAUUGAUUCUUCGGCAGAGGAGAAUGAUUUUGCUUCCAAUGGCACAGACACAGGGCUGUUCAGCAGCCGCAGUGACAUGUCUGUGUUCAAGCCCCCACCUUCCACAUCUGCUUCGAUCAGCGCCCUCACCAACAUCUUCAACCCAAUGGUAGGUGGCAAGAAUGACGUCUCUCGUGCCGGUGGCCCGGGCAGUGAGGGCAACUACUUCUUCCCCAGCACCAAUGGAACCAGCAACGGCUCUGCAAAGCUGAAUGAAUUUAAUCCCUUGCCGUCAUUCCCGACCAAUGGUUUUCUGUUCACCGAUUGCCCAUCCCCUGAUCUUGGGAUCGACUCGCCAGGGUUUGAUCCCCCAGGGCUUCAGUCAGCCGGCACCCAGUCACUUUGGCAGGAUCUGACCCGCUGUAGUUCCUCCCUGCUUGGCCUGAACCCUGUGACCACUCAGCACCAGGCCCCACGCCGCAGCAGCAGCGUAAGCACCUCUGUUCCCACAUCUAGCGCGGAUGCCAAUGCCAAUGAGCAUCCACCUGCCAGGCGCAUUCGCAGUGACCCCUUAGAGGGGGGCCUGUCAGCAUUGCCCUCGUUUGUGCCGCUGUCCAGCGCCAACACAUUUGCGUCAAGCAAUUCUGCCGGCAGCCACGGCAGUUCUUGCAGCAGCCCCACUGAUUCCUUGGGUUCCUCCUCUGCGGCUAAAAAGAGCAAAGAGUGCGUGAUAUGCUUCACCAACGAGGUAGUCGCGGCACUGGUGCCCUGUGGUCACAAUAUGUUCUGUAUGGACUGUGCAAAUCGCCUUGUGGAAACCACAGAUGGCGAGUGUCCCGUUUGCCAAACAGUGGUCACCCAGGCAAUUCGCAUUUACACCUAAAGCAUUGUACUAUGUAUCCGCAUUAUGGUAGUACUCGCCAGACUUGUUGCAUUUCUUAAUAUAGAUGUUGAUGAAAUUAAAUGUUAUUGGACUAUCGAUAUAAAAAAGUUCAUCGUUGCAUAUUGUAUAGCAAAACAGAUUAUGGCAUAACAAAAUUUUAUUCUUCAACUUUAAAGAAAGAGGUCUAUUUCAUACAAAGAAUAUCUACGGAAUAAAGUUCUUAUUUAAUUUACAAGGGAAAUCAUCUGGGUUUUAACAGAGCUUUAUGUAGCAUGUAUUUAAUGCAAGAAUAAUUAAUGAAAAUACAGAGUAUUUACUAUUAACUGUAUAGUUUUCAUUUAUUUCUUAUGUGAUUAUCUCAAAUGAAUGUAACCCGUAACACUUUCAGUUGGGACAAUUUGAAAAUGAAAUAUAUCAGAUUUUUGUCUAUACAUUAUAUUUUACCCAGCCAGAUGAACUGUUGGCCCACACCUAGACUUAUUUUAUUGUAUACAAAAACCUAGGACCCUGUAUCAUAUUGGUGCCCGGCUGAAUGUCUCAAGUGAACUUUUUUUUUGGUCGUGUGUAUGCACAUCAAAAAAAUAUUUGUAUAAAUAGUUCAGAGAAGUGUCUUGUGAUUUCGUUGCAUGUGUAGUGAAAGUUAUUUUUUAAUAUAUUCCAACAGUUCUGUGUACCUGUAUAUGUAGGUGUGUUACUUGACCAAAUAUUCCAUGUUCUAACGAAGUUAACUAUCGUUAAGAAAUGCAAAAGAUUUUUUUAUUUUUCCUGUUGGCCCUUUAUCCUCAUUCGGCCAUGAACGUUACUAAUGUUGUUAUAUUUGCUGAGACUUUGAAGAAAUUAUAAUAUUGUAAGAGUUUAUUUUUUUGGUCAUGAAAGAAAAAAAAUUGACGUUUAAUUAAGAUGUUGAAAUUUUCAGAUUGUGUGCUGGUUUUUGUACUUUGGUAGUAAUUCAACUGAAUCGAAAAGCAAUGUUCAUAUACAACUAUUGCAGGUUGAUUCCUAAAAAAAAUAAAAAAAGAGAAGCACAUUAUUUUUGUAGCCCAUUUAUAUUCAUAGCGAUCAUUUUCACUGCAUUUUAUGUUGAUAAGAACUCUAUAUUUUAGCAUACCUCUGUCUGUGUGCAACUAAGACCACUCUAGAUGUUGUUGUGUAAAUGCAAAGCAUUUGUUACUGCUGUUUGAAAAGCCAGUUGGUGGUCAACAACUGCUUUUGUAAUGCUCUGGAUUUUCUGCAAUUUUUAUUUUUUUAACUGGCUGCCAAAGUGAAACGAGUCGUAAGAGGAACUCAGAAUGACCUGCAAGAUUAUUCCGAAUUCAGGGAUGGCCAGAUCGCUGUUACCGAAAUCCUUGGUGUGAUGCGCUUAUUGAAUGUGAACUGUUCCUUUUUUUUCCCAUCAUAUUUUUUUUUUUGAUUCAAGUGCUGCAAGUGUGUUGGAAAUGGAGCCGUGAGAGAGCGAGUUAAAACUCAUUUCUGGCUUUUUUUUAUUAUGAAAUGACAAGUAGAAAUGCUUAAUAUAUUUUGUUGGUGUAACCUGCGCCAAUUGUAGUUGGAAUGAGUACCAUAACGCUCUUCAAAUACAGUGUAUUUCUUUGUUUUAAUGGAUGGAUUAAAAAUGUAUGCUUUACAGCAGUACUCAAGUGUUGGCUCUUAUCAGAAAAUAUGCCAUGGUUCGUGUAUUUAAAUGCUUCAGUGUUGAGAUUCCACAGUUUAACCAUUCAGUGUUUUAUGGCUUUCUUACUAACCGAAGAAUUGUUUAACCACAAAAAUAAACUUGUUGUUUGAGGUAUAUUUGUAUUUUUAAAAGGAAGAUGUAUUAAUGGUGCACAUCCUUAUCUCUAAAUUGUACCUUCAGCGUUUCAAAAAUUGUAUUUUUGUCGCAUGCAGACAUGAGAGUUAAAAAUGAAAAAUUUCUAGUUUUUUCUGGCAGCUGUCCAGCUCUUCAUGAAAUAAUAAAGAUUACUUUGCACUAUGCAAGAAUUCCAAACCCACGCCUUUCUGGCAAGAGAGUAAAAAUUAUAUAUAUUUACGAUAAGACAAGACAGUACCAUGACGCGUUAGAUUAGUUACAAUUUUUCUACCAAACAAAGACGCUUAGACGUAAACAGUUCAGAAGGUAUGCCGUGAACAAUCCAAAAUAAACUUGAGACGAAAACAAAACCCCCCACAAGACCUACUUCCCUGUUUGUGAUAAUGUUUAAAUCUAGCUUUCUCAGUAUUCAUUGUUCAGGUGUUUUUUAAAAACCAGUACUGACUGACUCCCAAUCUUGUCUAUUUCAUCUGUAAGCAUCAGGGCCUCAACUGGUAAAAAAAGAAAGUAAUGUUAGGUCAAUAAACAAAUUAUGAAAUAUUUUAUUAACUUACGACAAAAGAGAAAUGUGCACACUUCCAGUAUGUCUUUGCACAUUUCAUUAUAAUUUUUUGUAUUUUUGGUAUUAAUUGAAUUUUUGAAAGUUUUUAAAGAAAGUGUUUUUUCAAUUGCCUAAAUUAUUAUAUUCCAAAAAUAAAGGUUAUGUUAAUGGAGCAAUAAAGCAAGGUAUUUGAGUUGCUGGUAGUGCAGUUUUUUCUAUUUUCUAUUUAAAUUGGUUUCGGAAGUAGCUUAUUCUGACAGUAUGGUGUAAAAAGCCAACUUUGACAACUAACUAGUUUACAUGUACAGUGUAGUUCAGAGAUUACUUGGGCUUGCUAAGCAACAAGAAAAUUAACAUCAGUGUGUUAGGUAAGGUUACAUGUUCUGUGUUGUGAGCUAACUUUUUUUUCCCCUUCGGUUGGUAGGAACCGCUGUCUAGAUAAGUCAGGCUCCAUUGUUUCUGAUCAACCUAUCUAUAAGUGGAAUAUGUCAAAUCUGUAAUUUGCCAAGCUUUUGACAUGGGCAAAGCGGCCCUUGCUCAGUUAUUUUGAUUGCAAGUAGUUAAUGCCAUCUAGCAUUCACUGCCUGUGUGUGAAACAGCCAAAAAACCCUGCAGUCCAUUGGACCUAGGAGAACACGGUAGGAUGUUUGCCCCAUAUGAAUUAGCCCUACCUGUACAUGGCUUACUGCCGGGGUGGGUUUUGCAUGCUAGAUGGCAUCUGUAGUGUUUUUUAACUAUUAAUAAAUUGAAAUCAGUAUUCUUAUAAUGUAUGCAAUUUUAUUCAGAAACCAUUUAUAUUCAUGUACAUGUAUUUUUGUUUCUGUACAAUUUAAAUGAUUAAAUGUUACUUAUUUCUUAUUUAACUGUUAAUUGAAGGCAUGCUUCAUCGGAUUGUGUUCUUUUGUUUUGUUCAUUCUAUUCGUGAGUCCAACAUUUACUGCUUAUGGAAAGUUGGAAGCCAGCAACUCCUAAAAUAGAGAUCGCUGAGUUAAUAAUUACAGGGUUUUGUCACAGUCACAUUCUUAAAAUUGCAAUUUUGUUGGAAUCAACAGCUGUGCUUGCAGAUACAGAUCACACUCUUUGAAUGUAACGACCUUGACAAUAAAUGGACACGUGCACACCUUGAUGUCAACACA